AUGCUGCGGCGGCUGCUGGAGCGGCCCUGCACGCUGGCCCUGCUGGUCGGCUGCCAGUUCGCCUUCGUCGCCUACUUCUCCCUGGGCGGGUUCCGCAACCUCACCUCCCUCUUCGGCCGCGCCGCCGGGCCCGUCUUCGACUACUCCCGCACCCACGACGUCUACGCCAACCUCAGCCGCCUCCUGCCCCGCCAGCCCGCCCGCCCCGACCCCGCGCAGCCCCUGCCCUUCUGCCCCGAGCGGUCGCCCUUCCUCGUCGGCCCGCUGACGGUGACCUUCAGCCGGGUGCCCACGCUGGAGCAGAUCCAGGCGAAAAACCCGGCAGUGCAGGAGGGCGGCCGGUACCAGCCCUCCACCUGCGAGCCCCGGUCCCGCACCGCCGUCAUCAUCCCCCACCGCAACCGCGAGACCCACCUGGGCCACCUCCUCUACUACCUGCACCCCUUCCUGCAGCGCCAGCAGCUCCAGUACGGCAUCUAUGUCGUGCACCAGGCGGGCAACUCCACCUUCAACCGGGCCAAGCUGCUGAACGUGGGGGUGAAGGAGGCGCUGAAGGAUGAGGAGUGGGACUGCCUCUUUCUCCACGAUGUUGACCUCAUCCCCGAGAACGACCACAACCUCUACACCUGUGACCCCUGGAACCCCAAACAUGUCUCCAUUGCCAUGAAUAAAUUCGGAUACAGCCUGCCGUACCCCCAGUACUUCGGGGGGGUCUCGGCUCUCACCCCCGACCAGUACAUGAAGAUCAACGGUUUUCCCAAUGAGUACUGGGGCUGGGGCGGCGAGGACGAUGACAUCGCCACCAGGGUGCGCCUGGCCGGCAUGAAGAUUGCCCGCCCACCCAUCUCCAUUGGCCACUACAAGAUGGUGAAGCACAAGAGCGACAAAGGCAACGAGGAGAACCCCCACAGGUUCGACCUGCUGAUCCGCACACAGCGGAUGUGGACGCAGGACGGGAUGAACUCCCUCACCUACACGCUGCUGGCCAAGCACCUCCACCCACUCUACACCAACCUCACUGUGGACAUCGGGACGGACCCCCGCGCCGGCCGGGGCCGCAGGGGGACAGUGCCGGGCCACGAGGGCCAGAGGUACCACAGCAGCACCAGCCUCUUCCGGGAGGAGAUGCUGCGCAAGCUGCCCCGGGAUGCCGCGGGCUGGGGAGACCAGGGGCUGUCCCUGUCCCCCCGGCUGCCCGCAGCCACCGCGCAGCAGCCCUCGGAGAGUAAUGGCACCCGGGGCGGUGCCGCCUCCCCCCUGGCACUGGGGAUCACCCAGCGCAGCCCUGAGGUUGCCAGGGAGGGCAAUGCCCACCCGGGGAACAGUGCCAAUGCAGCUGUGGCACAGGAGGAGGGAACCCUGCCUGCCCGCGGCGACAACCAGAGCCUGGCCCAAGGUGCCCGCUAG